CAUUCCGAGAAACUAAUCGAGAGUAACAACCAAGCGUGGAACUUCUCUAUAUUUGUCUACGGUCCUCGGCCACGACCCGAUUAUUCUGCAGGAUUCGACCGAUCUGCGUUCACAGACGAACAAUAUAAAUGUCUUCACCCUCUCAUAGGCGACUUUGAUGCUAUUUCCUCCCAUGGCAAAUGGCAGAUACACUUCCCGUUCCUAAUGUGCGAAACGAAGGCCAGCCCCUCCAUACUUGAAAUAGCCGACAGACAAAAUGCUCACAGCAUGACCCUAGCAGUGGGAGUUGUUGUCCGACUUUAUAGGCUUGUUAACCGCGAAAAAGAACUUCACCAAGAGAUUCUUGCAUUUUCCAUCUCGCACGACGCCUGUUGCGCAAGAAUAUGUGGCCAUUAUCCUAAGUAG